GUGAAAUUGGCUGUGUGUUUAAUGCGAUUAUCUAUGCUUUUUGAUGCAUAGCGUUCAUGGCCAUUGUUGGGGUCGAUGAUUAGCCCGGGCAUGGGGCCAGGAAUAAUCAUUAUGCACAGUGAAUCAUCAUCACGGUACUUCCUGCGUAAUGUUCUCAUCUUAUAAAUGAACUCUAGCCUAUUCUAUACGCCCCUGUUGAAAACAUGACAAAUGGAGCACACACGAAAAAUGCAGGCAGCUUCUUCAACAGCGAAACAACCAAAGGUGGAGCUUCACAUUCAUCUUGAUGGAGCAGUCAGACCAUCUACAGUAUGGGAUCUUGCCAAGAAAAGUGGUGUUGAUAUGCCAGGGAGCAGUGCUGAGGAGUUGGCUAGCAACAUCAGAAAUUUUGAGAUGGGGAGUCUCUUCAAAUUCCUGCAAGCAUUUAACAUCUUUAUGCCUGUCUUAAUAGCUGACAAGGAGGCAAUUCGUAGAAUUUCUUAUGAGUUGUGUGAAGACAAAGCUAAAGAAGGAGUUGUCUACUUAGAGGCGCGCUUCAGCCCGCACAUUCUGGCUAACUGUGGCGCAUCAUGGCUGAAUGUAACAGUGAAGAACACACUAACAAUACAGGAGGUGAUGCAGUGUGUUGUUGAAGGUAUCGAGGCUGGACAGAGAGACUUCAAGAUCAAGACUAGACUUAUCUUGUGUAUGGUCAAACAAGAACCCUCAUGGGCUGCUGAGUGUCUACAAUUGUGCAAGGAAUUCAGCAACUUUGUUGUAGGUAUUGAUAUAGGAGGGGAAGAAGAACUCCCACUUGACCCUGAAAUCAUCAGAGUCUUCCAGGAAGCAGAACGAUGCGGUAUUCAUCGAACUGUACAUGCUGGAGAAUCUGGUCCUGUUAAACACGUCAAGGAAGCUGUUGACUUACUCAAAGCAGAGAGGAUUGGACAUGGAUAUAACAGCCUGAAAGACAAAGAAAUUUAUCAGAUGUUGAAAGACAAGAACAUUCAUUUAGAGGUUUGUCCAACAUCUAGCAUCUUCACAGGAGCAUGUGAUCCAGACUUCACCAAGCAUCCCUGCAUCAGGUUCGUCAAAGAUGGAAUGAACUUUUCUCUUAACACUGAUGAUCCGACGAUCUUUGGUAACACCAUUAAUGAUGAGUUCAAGAUCGCUAAGGAAUACUUUGGAGUCGAUGAUGAGCAAGCUGCACAAGUGACACUAAAUGCUGCACAAUCAUGCUUUCUACCUGAGGCAGAGAAACAAGCAUUAAUCCAGGAGCUGAUAGCGACAUUCAAAGAUAAUAAUGUUAAUCUCACCUUGCUGCAUCAAGCCUAGAACAUGUAAAUGUAACAGGAUCAAUCAACAUGGAUGGUAACUUGAGUCAGUUAUGAGAUUUACAAUAGCUUCUGUAAUAUCUCUUAAUGGGUCUAUGUAACUUUUGUAGGACAAAAACACAAUGUCCACAGAUUUACACUAAACUAACACAGUUUG